CAGGAUCAGGUUCAGGUUUCUUCUGGCGCGAAAGGAUGAAGAAAAUUCUAAAACCCGAUCUUCUUCAAUAAAUCAAGAGAUCUGCUGGUGGUGGUGAUCAGCGAAAGAACAGGAACCUUAAACAAACCAGCCAUGUUUUGUAAUGUCCUGUUGUGCUUCUACCUCGACCACCGGUUCGGAUUCGGCGAUACUCGUGAAAAACAAAAAAAUUCUAGGACAACUAGUACCUGCAAAAAAUGUUACGACCUUUACAACUUCCAGGCGACUUUUCUUGCUGUGUCAUUUCGAUGAAAAAGAUUCGUGCCAACACUGCGCGAACGGGACACUAUCCAGCUAGUAAAUGAAAGUAGCUAAGUUACUAGACAGACACAGAAAAUCACGUACAGACCGACGACACAAUGGCCUACUCCAAGCGGGCGGGAUCAGGCGACGCCGAAGACGACAACUUUUACUGCGAACUGGAACUGUGUCACGCGUCGACCACCGCGCCCAACGAAGCCAGGUGCAACUCCGAUGGAGAUGAGGCCUCCAACGAGCCACACAGCACGAGUGAAAACGAGGCUGACCAACAUGGAGGUACACGACCUGAAAGAACGGUGACUGAAGUUGUAGAGUCCUCUGCACGAACAGACGAUGAUCGUCAAGAAGACCCCUUGAAGCAGCUCCCAACCCUUUUGAUCGGAUACAGGAAGUCCGGGUAUGCCAUCCGGUUUAGUCCGAAAAGGCUAGUGAUCACGAAGCGAGACCGGCGCGGGCGGUUGUUGCCAAGAAUUGUCGAGUAUUGCAAUGUGAACUUUUCCUCGAAAGCUGCUUUUUCCGAUUGUGUCGCGGGUGGGAGUCACGAGAGAAGUUCUUGCAGCAGCAGUACUCGUCCACGGCCAACAAAGAGAAGUACAGAAGAGGAAACGCCAGCUACUGAGGGAGCCCGCGAACAAGGACCAUUUCGCGGAAGUGCUUUCUGCGACUUUGAAAAGGCCUUGCUUGAGGAGAAGGUGCAUGAAAAGAACUACGAAGCGGGAAAUGCUGCACCUGGAGAUCAUGAUGCGACACGGCGUCGAGACGGGUGGAACACAGUUGUAGACGACGGCGUUCCCCCACCUCGCCCCUGGCUGUACAAACUGGUGCGCGACGGGCCGGACCCGGACAAUUUCGGCCUGGAUGCGGAGACCUACCCGCACGGGAUCCUCGUCGCGAAACUCGACGAAGACACGGGCGAGUUUUGUCUCAAGGACAGAUUGUUCAUCCUCUCCGACGACAACCGAGUCGGAAUUUUCGGCGACUUUUCCCGAGAAGGGAAGUUGGAGCGCGGGAGGUAUUGCACGAUGGAGGGUUCAUCUUGUGCUAGAGAAGAUGAAGCAGAAGCUCAAGAACCUCAGGCUCCUGCUCCUCCGCUCAUCGACGUUCUCACGGAUUUGCGCCCGCUGUACGAGGAAUUUCGCCGGUAUGCUGUUCUGACGGAAGAGGAGCGUAGUCGAACUACAACGGGGGCUGUGUCUAAUUCCAAGUGUUCUUUCCUGUUUGACGCUUUCAUCGCCGCGUUUCGACGGAAUUUUCGAGACCGGAUGGAAGCUUCGCUUUGCGGUUCGUACAAGAAUUUUUAUGAAAAAAUGAAGGAAAGUUCUUGCCGCGGUGGUCUUCGCGACAAGAAUAUUAGCGGUGGAGAAAUAUUAUUACCAGGGAAUAAAGACGGGUGUUUAUUAGAAUCACAAUCCUUGUUCGGUGAGGACCUCACGACCGAAACGAGUCUGGGCCGGUUUCCACUCUUGCCCGACGCUUUUGAAGAACGAGCGGUUUGCGUCAAAGCGGCUGGAUACAGCAAGUUUGACGAUAACGAUGUGGGUGGACAGCAGGAAGAAGCUAGCACUCCUUCUACGAAAGGCGAAGGUGCGGCAGAUUCGGAUGGCGGCAGCACAAUGGUGAAAAAGAAGACUAGCCUCAAAAAUUACGAAAACAAUCCGGACCCUGGCGAGGGGCUAUUCGCAAAGAAGCGGUUCGGCAAGGGCGAGCUGGUCGCUUUCUACAAUGGGGUGCGGAUCUCGCAGGCGGUGUGUGACGGCAGAGACUGGAAAGAAAACGGGAACUGUGUAACUUUGUGGAAAGAUGAGAAAGUAGAUGCAUCUUCAUCCGACGGCGCUUCCCAUGCGGCAACUUCAUCUUCUACGCCAGGUGGCGGUGGCGGUGGCGUUGUGAUCGAUAUCCCGGUGUCGCACAAUCGACUGACCGACUACCGCGCCACCGUGGGGCACAAGGCGAACCACUCCCAGAAAAAGGUGAAUGCGCGAUAUGGCCCGUACACCGCGCAUCCCCGGUUCGGCGACAUUGUGUGCAUCCGCGCUGUGAAGGCGAUUGGGGUGGGGGAGGAAGUGUUCUGCGACUACGGCUAUGUGGAGAACAGCGGAGGAAAGGAAGUGACGAAGGAGAAUAAAGCAGCUUCCGAAAAAGGAGAAAAGGUACCCUCACAUUGCCGCGAGAAAGAUGUCAACCAGACUGCACCGGACUGGUGGCACCCGGACUUGUGACGUCGCGGGCGGGCCAGCAAGUGGGCAGGACGAGAGCUCCAGUGAAGGGAAAGCACGAUGCUGAACCACAGACGUGGGUCCGGAACUACUUGUAAAGUGAGUAAUGAAGAAUUUGUGACGACCUCUGAAGAUGUCGAUGUGUCUAAAUCUUCAAGCGACAAAUAAAGAAAUGAACUCAACCGUCACCCGGUGGUCUUGUUUCG